AUGACCAGCGAACGCCAGUGCAAUAAAUUCCGAAUAUAUCGUAUUGUGAUCCGUCCAACAGCUAUGGUAGUGAAUGUUGGCCAAGUACACGAAAUGAGGAACACAAGCUUAGUGUCAUGGAGAAAGAAUGAUACGGUGAACAUGGGUAUCACCUUGCUGGAUCACAUCUGUAAUGACACAAUUCAGGCUAGCAUGAAUUUUGCUCCCAUCACCAAAAAGCUGCAGGAAAAACGACUGCGAUGA